AUGGAGGUACAUUCAUCAUCUAGAAAUUCAGUUAUCGGAAAGAGGCUAUGGAGAUUCUUGAGGAUUGCAUAUUACAUGAUGCGAAAGGGUCUCAUGUCAAAGAGGAAACUGCUCAUGGACAUGAAUCUAAUGAUGAAAAGAGGUAAACUAAUGAGGAAGUCAUUGGGAAAUCUAAUGACGUUCCACAGUCAUCACCACCAUCACAAUUCUCACGAUUUGACGCGUGGUAGCUUCGGCAACCCACAGGAUUACGAGUUCUCUUGCAGUAACAGUCCUAAUCCUGUUUUUUCCCACAUGUCAAAACGUAAGCACCAUUACUUCCCUUGUAUCAAUCCUCCUAAUGAAGAAGAUCUCGACGAAGAAGAGAUUGAAGAAGAAGAAGCUAAAGCUGUUGUUCUUGCACGGCCUAAAGUCGGGUAUUCACCUGAGUGCGCUUUCAACUUUCAGUUUAGCACUACAGCAACGCCUAAUCUGGUCCCUGGAGACAGUAGAUUCUGCCCGCUCUUAUCUCCGUUCGCCGUUAGAGUAACGGAAUAUUCGUCGGAGGACGAAAAUGAAAUCCAGCUCGAGGGAAUGAGUAGCAAUCCAAAAGUUGACGAUGAAGCAGAGGACUUCAUAAAAAGGUUUUAUGAACAACUUAGGCUUCAAAGUAAAACACAAUUGUUACAGUAUCAGGAAAACCAGUACCAGGAGAUGCUUGCUCGGGGUUUUGUAACACGAAGUCCUGUUUGA